GGUCGGCAGCUAGAAUUUAAAACGUACCUUUAUAGUCUGGGUUAGGCUAUAUUUUAGUAUAGAAAAAACUUUUUUUUCACUUAAAUAGAACCUCCUUUUUUCAAUGAAAAAAUCUCUGGGAUUUUUUUGGCGCGAAUUUUUAUAUAAUCUGUUGACUGAAUUUUUGACAGAAGUGGUAAACGUCAAGUAAAAAUUGUUUUUUUUUUAAAUAAUUUGAGUUUUUUUUGGUUUUCAUUUUUGUCAAAGAUAUUUUUAAUGGAUUAUAAAUAAAAAAUGAUAGGAUUGAAAUUCAUUUGGUUAUAUUACAGAAAUGUUUUUUUAAUUAAAUCAUCAUCAUCUGCAUAGCUUUUUCCCAACUAUGUUGGUGUCGGCUUCCAUUCUAACCGGAUGCAGCUGAGUACCAGUGCUUUACAAAGUGACUGCCUAUUUGGCCUACUAACCCAGUUACCCGGGCCACCUCUUGAUUUGUUAACUGGUUAAUUACAUUUAAUAUUUCAAAUAAUAUAAAUUAAAACCAGUGUUUAACAAAAAUAUCAAAAUUAAUUCCUAUUUUAUUGUUCUUUUUUCUUAAAAUUGAAGUUUUUAAAAACAUUUUCAAUUGUAAAAAAGAUUUUUGUAAUAUAACAAACAACAAUAAAUUUCAGUCUAAACGCAAUGUAAUUUUGAUUUCUGAAAGUAGUGGAAAUUUUAAAUUUCAAGAGAAAAUAAAAUUUAAACUGCUUAUUUCUGAAUAGUUUUAGCGAGUCGUUUAAAACAAAAUUGAUCUUUUCAAAACUUGAUUUUUCAAAAAGUUUUGACACAUUUUGAUAUGCGACCCCAAAUCAUUAUUUGAUUUGCACUGAAUGAAAAAAAAAUCACAAAGCUUUUUGAAAUGUCAAGUUUUGAAAAAAUCCGUGGUUAGUUUUUUUUUUUUACUUGUAAAAAAAGGUUUAAUUUUAACUCUUUAAUGUUUUAUGUUUAACAGGGAUUCUUGUAGUUUUUCAUAAAUGACGGGUUUUUAAAACCGAUUUUUUCAAUAAUAUUUAUAUUGACUAAAUUCAUAAGUAUAGAAAAACUAAUACUCUCGCGUCCCGAGAUCACUGCUUCCCGUCCCCGGAUAAAAAGAAGCCUAUAUGUUAUUCUGUUAUAUAAGCUAUAUAAUAUUACUAUCAAGUUUCAUCAAUAUGAAACUUAUAGUUUUUGCGUGUCAGAUGCACAAACAUCCGUACAUACAAACUUACGCGGUUAUAAUAUUAGUAGAAUAUAAAGGCUGUUUCGUGGCGUUUCCCCCACGUUUUUAAGACACAAUUUCCUGUCCUGGAUAAAAUAUAACCUGGCUUUCUGUAAAGAUAAUAAUUUAUAUUAUUCUUUCAUACUCUUCUAUCUGCCGUCAUCUCACAAGUAACACUUGCCAUGCAUCCAUCGUUUCUUUGGUCGUCCCGUGCAGAACAAAAUGACUAGCGGAGAUGUCAUAACGCAAAAUCUCUUAAGAAAUUAGCGCGACAACAUGCGGGGCGAGGGACGAGGAACGUUACUAGCUCCGCCCUUAUUCUUCCUUGGACCCGCCCAUUUUUUUUGUAACACCAAAAAUCGUUGGCAAAUGUCUCAAAGACCCAAAACCCCUAGUUAAUUUACCAGUAACUGAUCGUUUUGGUCAUGCCAGUCGUACUUGAGCUAGAAGAAGGCGUCUGACCUACCUACAUUAUCGCAUCUCCGCUCAUUUUUCAAUGCUUACAGUUUUUUUUUAAUAUUUAUGAAUUCAGUCAAAUUGUAAGGUUUUUCAAGCGUCAAAAAGUUAGUCUUAAAAUGAAAAUUUGGUUUUUAGUUAUUAUUAUUUUCUUUUGUUAAUUCUAGUGAUUAAAUCUCGGUUAGUAUUUUUUUCAAUAGUUUUUGUUGGUGUGUAACCUUAAAGUUAAUAUUUUUUUAAUAUUUGGGGUGUCUCAUAUUUUUAUAUUUUUUGGCAAAUAUCAAUGAGAUGAAAUUUCUCUCUUAAAACAUGCAAUAAUGCAUGUACUUUAUAUCGCCCAAAAAUUUCGUCAAAUUACCUUAUGGUAAUCAAUGUAAUCGGUAACCGUAAAAAACGGUAAUCGUAAUCGUCAAGUCUCUUUUAAGAUUACACACCAAUUAAACAAUAUUAGUGCAUUAAAAAAUAUUAUUUGUUAUUACAUUAUAUACGCCUAUGUCCCCAAGUAAGGAUUUUUAAAAAUAUAUUUAGGACAGACGCACACUAAAUGAUUUGUUGUCUAAAUUUUAACGUGCCGUCUGUAUAGGUUAAUGCGCGAGAAAUAAUUCUGAGAAAAUGAAAAACCUAUUAAAAGAGAAGGUACUACUUCCCGCACCCGGAUAAAAUGUAGCCUGUGCCACUCGCAAAUAACGUGGCUUUCUAUUGGUAAAAUAAUUUUCAAAAUCUGUUCAGCAGAAACAGGCAUAUAAACGUCACAAACUCGCAAAGUUUACCCUCUUAUAUUAGAAUAGAUUAGCGCUUUUAAGUAUUGCUAAAAGCGGUAGUCAUUUGAAGCAACUGUCAUAUUUGACAGCGCCUGUCUGAUUUUGACAGCACCUGUCACGAGUUUUGUCAGAAUUAUUUUUUGCCGCCUUUUAGUUGUUUGACAUUAAGAAGAACCCAAUAUAAUAAAUGAAUGAAGUUUUUUUUUCUUUUAAUUAGUCUCAACAUUAUUAUAUUAAUUAUGUUUAAUGAUUACUAGUUUUUAUUACUGAUGUUUGUGGUGGAUUUUGAAAAUUUUUAACAUAGUUCAACCGUUUUUUUUUUCUUAUCAUUUGUCUAGCCUUUUCCCAACUAUGUUGGGGUCGGCUUCCAGUCUAACCGUAUGCAGCUGAGUACCAGUGUUUUAAAGGAGCAACUGCCUAUUUGACCUUCUCAAACUCUGAUUUUUUGAAUUGCCAAAUUAUUUUGACCAACCAUUUAAAAGCAAGAAAAAAAUCAAGACAACCGACUGUUUGCUUUUUGACAUCUUAAUAAAGUAUGACCAAAACAGCCAGUGUCAUGUUGUGAGGCUGUCAAAAAGUGACGUCGGCUGUCAUUUGUUUGCGCCAAAUAAGUUUGCAUGUCAAAGUUAAAUCAUUUUAUUUCAUUUAGGCCUUUUCAAGAAGUUGGCUACUAUUGACUCCUCAAUAGUAAAAAAAAAAUAUAUGAACGCAAUCCGAGGCGUUAAAUAGCUACCUUCAGGUAGGCAAAUUUAUUUGGUGCGGAUAGUAAAAUACUUCAGUAAUUUAAGCCAAUUUUUAAGCGUGAUAUAGAUAAAAAAUAUUCUCAGAUUUUUUUUUGAAUCUGUGAAUUAAAAAUAUUGUAAUCUUUUUAUAUUUUUCGCGCGAUAACAGAGGUUUAGUUUGUUACUCUAGUAUUUUAUUUUUGUUUAUGGUCGGUCAAGGUAUUUGGUAUCAUCUCUCGAGCCUUUUCCCAACUAUGUCGGGGUCGGCUUCCAGUCUAACCGGAUGUAUCUGAGUACCAGUGUGCCACAAGGAGCGACUGCCUAUCUGAUCUAUACAUAGAUAUGGUAAAUACAGCGUUAUUUUGGCAGUAUAAGACCUUUUUUGCCCAUUUUUCAAAGGACAUUUCAAACUGUAGUUUGAUAUUCAAGUCUAUAUUUCAAUGAAAAAUCACCUAAAUAAAAAAUAGUACAAAACAAAUCAAAAAAAGGAAAUUUUCAAAAUCUACUACGAACACUAAAAAAAAUAUUGCUAUAUUAUAUUGGAGCAAAAAAGGCCAUAAGCAAUGGGAAAUUGUAAAAAAAUAAUAAAAAUCAAAAAUUAGAGUGUAAUACAUGUUUUGUCAAUUUUAUAUUAUAUAAAAAGUAAGUUACUGAUUUUCGAAAAAGGCCAUAUUUUUUUUUCUCGAGAAAACUCAGAUUAUUUUGAUUUUUUGUAGAUUUUAGCUUAUAAUCGAAGGUUUUUGAAAAAAAAAUUGCCUUUUUUGAAAAUUGGGUAAGUCUUGAUUCUGCCGGUUCACCUUUUAAUGAUAGCGUGUUAAUAUGAAAAUACAUACAAAAAUUAUGUUAAAAUAAAAGUAUUAAAAUUUUAUAGUAACUGAAAACUCUUCGCGUGGUCUGAAAUAUAUAUUUCAGUCUAGGGUGUUCUAAGCAAUAAUUGUAGAAAAUAGACGUGCGACUUUGCGAUUUUUUUGUCGCGAACUUUUGAAGUCGGUGUCUCAAUCAUCAGGUAACGUCAGUUUGACAGUGUCAAGAAAAAUGACAUAUAUUGUUAGUCGUCUGAUUAUUGAAAUAUCGGCUCUUUCUUAUCCACAUUUUUUCAGAGGAAUAGGAAUCUCACACUGUGUUAGAAUAUUUGUACAAAAAAUAAGAGUUUGAAAGCACUAUAACAUUACAAAAUUAAGUCCCAUACAUAAGUGAUAUGUCACAAAUAAGUAUGUCUUUAAAGCACGACUUUCGCUGUCACACGAUUUACAUCUAUUCCCAAUAUUCGAUCCGUCGGUUGAUUUGAUAACUAGAGAUAGAAUUUUGAUAUGAACCUCAUACGAGUUAUGUCAAAUUUCUAUCUCUCAACGGGCAGAUAUUAUAUUGGGAAUGGCCCUUAGUCGCAAAGUCGCAUGUCUGUAUCAGUUCUUUUCGUUGAUAAACUUGUACUCUGUCACUACCAAUUUUGGAUAGCGUAUAGAAUACAGCUUGCUAUUGAUCCGAAAGUGCCUAAAUUUAAAACGAAAAUUGUCAGAGCUCCUUUUUAAUGGUAUAUUAUAUACUUAUUAUGAAAAAAAAAAAAAAAACAGUUAUAGCAUAAUCUAUGUUAAGGUCUGCAUUUAUUAUUCAUUGCGUCAUUUAUUUUAAUGAAAAACAGUAAAAAAAUAUGUUUAAAAUUUUGCCGCUAUGACGUGCAAAAUUUUUUUCAGUGCUAACACUGAAAAUAGUUGGAAGUGUGACCAGUGUAGGUAUUUAUGUCUGACACUAGUCGCAGUUUCUAAAAAUUGUUCCCUUAGUAAAGGGAUUUUAUACUCUUGUGUUCUCUCCGGUGGUGUCGGAUUGUCGUCCCAUCGCGCUGUGAGAGUGAAGGAAUAGUGAGUGCACCUGUGUCCACGCAAAUGUGCCUGCACUAUAAUAUGUCCUGCGUAGCUGGCUGAUCUUAUAUGAGAACAGCCGCCGUGGCUGACGGUCUGUUUUUUAACAUAAAUGACGUCAUUAAUAAUGAGUGCAGUUGAAAAUUGUAAAUUAAAUGUAAAUUUUGACAUAUUAUUAUAGAUUACGCAUGUUGUAGAUUGCUAGAAUAUAACGUUAAUAUCACAAUACAAAAUAAAAAUUAAAUAAAAAUAAAAAUGUUUAGUGAAUUUAAAUAUAAUGGUAAUGUGAAAAUCUGUAUGUUUGUUUUAUUUAUUUAUUUAACAGUUUAUGUACACACACAUAAUACAGACAAGAAGAAAAAUAGAACAGAUAGUACAAAGGCACAGCUUAUUUUAUAAGAAAUCUCUUCCAGCUGGCCCGUUAUGAGAGAGAGAAUAGAAAGAGUUGCAGAUAGAGUGCGUAAAAAGAAAGAAAGCUAUAACUAAAAUACAAUAAUCACUAACUUAACCUAAAUAUAUAUAGGUAUAUAAAAUAAAUAUCAAAAUAUAUAUACGUAUAAAAAUAUAUAAAUACUAUAAGCAUCUAUGAUGGUAAGGAAAGAUAGUGUUCCUUCAACUUACGUUUAUAUAAAACAACAGUCUGGCAGCUCCUCAGCUCAGGCGGCAACUUAUUCCACAGCCGUACAGCGUGCACGGUGAAGGAGUAGGAAUAGAAAUCACUGGAGUGGGAAGGGAUUUUAAGUAGGGAUUUGAGAUGAGUCCUGCAGGACGCAUCAGGUGAGCGGAGAAAGGAGAAACGUUCCCGCAGGUAUGAAGGUGAUUUGGGAUUGAAGAGGAUAUUAAAUAGAAGACACAAAAUGCGGGUGUUCCUGCGAAGACGAAUAGGGAGCCACUUGAGAUCCUUGCGAAAUUGUGAAACAUGAUCAUACUUUUUAAGAUUGAAGACAAAACGAAUACAAAGAUUUUGCAAGCGCUCAAGUUUAUUUAACAGCGCCUCUGUGGCAUCCAGAUAGCAGGCAUCGGCGUAUUCUAUAAUGGGUUGGAUGAGAGUCUGAGCAAGUGAUAUUUUGGUUUUCAAGGGCAAAAAGUGUUGAAGACAUUUCAGCGUAUGAAAAGUGUAGUGAACUUUGCGAACUUUCAGCCCAGGUCAAUGAAGUUAUCAUUGACCUGGGCUGACCACGAUAAGUUAGAAUCUAGAAUGACACCCAAGUUUUUCGCUGUAAUGUAAAUUUUUAUUGUAUCUGCCUAACUUUCGCCAAAUUAUCAUCCGUCUAGCCUUUUUCCAACUAUAUUGGGGUCGGCUUCCAGUCUAACCAGAUGCAGCUGAGUACCAGUGUUUUACAAGGAGUGACUGCCCUAUCUGAACUCCUCAACCCAGUUACCCGGGCAACCUCCGUACGCUGUAUAGUAGCUACGUCGUAGCGUAGAAGAGACUACGCCGUAGCAUAGAAGAGACUACGCCGUAGCAGUUGGUACAAGUAUGUGCGUAGUGCUUUCUUUGGGCACAUCGAUAUGAAGUAGUAGUAUCGAUAUAAGAGUUUGUACAUAAGUAUCCGUUCAGAUAGACCGGGUCGGAGAGCAUCGGCGCGCAUUUUUCUUUUCACACAGGCCGGAGCGGAUCGGCUGCGCGAGUAUUAACGAGCAUGCAAACGGAGCCAAACGUCAAGAAAAAAUACACGAUCGGAGCCGUUCGGCUCCUCUUAUUAUUUCACACCGAGCGCAUUCGAGCAUUCUCAAUGACAAAAGCAGUGCGCAUUCAAAAAUAAACCUUACUUCAAAUACUAAGUACUCAAUUUUCAACAUGUUAAGAAUUUGCUCUGUUUUCCGAGUCGGUCUGUCUGAACGGACCCUAAGACGACUACGCCGUAGUAUGAUAUAAAACUAUUCCUUCUGGUGUCAUCUUUGACUGAGACGAGACAAGCUAAACUAAGCGCAAAAGUUACCGAUAUAUUAUCGAAGCAUGAUUCCAAUAUCAAAUUAAUCUGCGAAAAAGACAAAUUGCCGACACAAAAAAUUACAACAUUUUCUUCAGCAACAUUACACGCUCAUUCAUUCAUUCACGAAUGAACUAAAUCAGUAGGUACAUUCACUCAAAUAUCGAUUAUCCUACUGCGCAGACUCGGUGCUCAUAAAUACAUUAUAUAGUUCGUGACACGUCUAGACGAACAUACAUACAAUUUUAUACCGAAAAAAAUAGUCAAAAAAUAGUCAAAAAAUACCAAAAAAAUAAAAAUAAAACGCGCGAAAAAUUAGUAGUAAAAAGAACGCGAUAGAAAUUUUUCAUCUGUGUUAAAAAUGUCGGUUUGCAAGCCGUGAUAGAAUAACCCAUAAAAAACAUAGAAAAAGGAGAUUUUUCUUAGAAAAAUAAUAAUAAUUUGGUGGAAUUUCGUAUUGUGGGGUUUUUGAAAAUAGUUAAAACGGCUUCUUUAAAGGAUAUUGGUUAUUUUAAACAAAUGUAUAGCACGGCUCAUGCCGUCCAAAAAAGUGCGUUUAAAUUAGAGUGUACGGAAUCGGAAGACCAUUUUAAUUGUAUAUCUUUGCCUCCCGAUAUAAAGCAAUGUCGCUGCCCCGAGAAUUCCAUUUUAGUCAGGAGUUGUCGAAGCUGGAGACUCAGGUUCUCGGCACUUCGGCACCACCGACGUCAACCGCUCUGUCCUGCUCCAUCGACCUACCCACUGAUGUCAUCUCUGAGGCUAUCCUGUCCCCGGACAAGGCAGGCUCUCUCAUGUCGGUGCAGUCAGCGCCCCCGGAGCAGAGAGAGCCGCCCCCGGAGCAGAGAGAGCGCCCCGCCAGCCUGCUGCUCGAACUGCCAUUAGCCACGCAAGUAGGAGCUUACCUAUCAGCGAUGUCGCCAACGGAGCAAGAGGAGGACUCGCUGCUGACGCUCUCGUCGGUGACGGCGCGACCUCUGUUGGCCGCCUCCAGGAAACUGCGGCCACCUCCCGACUCCUCCGCUGAAAGCACAGCCCCGCCGGACGGUGGCUACGGCUGGGUGGUGGUCUUCGGAGCUUUCAUGGUGCAGUUCUGGGUAGCUGGUCUCUUCAAGUCUUAUGGAGUUCUGUACGUGGAGAUAAUGGAAACGUUCCCCGAUUCCUCCGAGUCGGUGGCCUCUUGGAUACCGGCUGCGCUGUCUACAUUGUGUCUGGCUUUGGCGCCGCUAUCAUCAGCUCUAUGUGAGAAAUACUCGUGUCGCGUGGUUGUGUUCAUCGGAGGCGUGUUCUGCGCUACUGGUCUAGCUCUGUCGUACUUCAGCACUGGCCUGCUGCAUCUGCUGCUUAGCUUCGGAGUCAUGACUGGUAUUGGUGGAGGAUUAUCGACAACUCCUGGGAUUGUUAUCGUGUCCCAAUACUUCGAUAAACACAGGGCAUUGGCAAACGGUAUAUGUGUGAGCGGGACGGCGGCUGGUAGCUUCGUGUUUCCUAUGCUGAUUGAGAAACUGGUGGAUAUGUAUGGAUUGCAUGGCACUGUUUUAUUAUUGGGAGGAGGCAUGCUCCACGUCUGCGUAUCAGCAACACUCUACCGUCCAGCACCAGUGAGCUUCAACACCAUCUCCCUGGCUGACAGGACACCAGCUACCACCACCACUACUGAGAAUACCACGCUGCUGCAUAAUAUACAGGAAGGCAUCAUGUUCAAAUCCGACUCCACGAAAGACAAUAGACUGGAAAGCCUGUUCCACACGGAGACAGAGCUGACUCUCAACCAAAAGAACCUACUCCUCAAUGAGGAGAUGAAGAGGAACAACCUGGUGACGGAGAUUAUGCAUCCUAGUUUAAUUGAGGUCGCUCGUCAACAAAUGCAGUCGCAGCAUUCAGAUUCUGAAGAUUCCGAAGGUUUAGAUGUUCUAGGAGUAGUUGGUUUACCCAAAGACGUAGCGCGUCUCCGCCUGCGUCCCACCAGAUCGUCUUCAAUUCUCCAUUCAGUUGAAGACCUGUCUACUGACAGUACUUGUGUUUAUAAGGCGAGACGGAAUCUGAGCAGCAAAUCCCUCUACAUUCGACCACCACCCAGUCGAUUAAUACCCAGCAAGUUAGCCGAGCCAAUCGUGAUCAAACCUGUUGAGAUACAGAAGGAAGAUGAAGUGCAGGUCGAGACGAAGACUGGAUGCGUUGAUAAGAUAUCUAGGUAUCUAGACGUGUCGCUGCUGCGGUCGUGGCGUUUCGGUGUGCUGUGCGCGUCUGUGGCGUUGAUGUCGUGUGGCUCGCCCUACGCGCUGUAUUAUCUGCCGGCUUAUACUGUCGCUGCGGGGCAUAGUAAAUCUGCUGCAGGUCAUCUAGUAGCUAUCAGCGCUGUGCUGGAUCUCUGUGGGCGAUUGGGACUCGGCUAUCUUUGUGAUCUGCACCUAUUUUGUAGAAGAAAAGCCUAUAUCGUCAGUAUCCUGGUAGCUGGUAUUGCUGUUCUGACUUUACCUAGCCUUAAAUCGUGGUGGGCACUCGCCAUCGCUUCAGGUGCAUACGGCCUCUGCCUAGGCUGCUGGUUCCUCCUCGUCCCGGUACUACUAGCAGACGCCUUCGGUACCGCUCGCAUCGCCUCGUCUUACGGGCUGGUGAGGAUGUUCCAGAGUCUAGCGGCCGUUUCUGUACCGCCUACUGCUGGCCUCCUACGUGAUGUGACCGGCGGUUACUCAUGGUGUUUCUACGGCAUGGGAUCCUGUAUGGUCCUAGGUUCGAUUCCCGUCAUAGCCUUCCACUUGAGCACCAAAAACGAAGACUCAGAUUCCUCCGUAGAUUGAAAACUCAAUCAAAAACUGUCUAGCAUAAGAAUUACAAGCGACAAUUCGCUUUUAAAUGUUGAAAAACAGUCGGGGGUCUGUAGAACUGUUGAAAAUGUUGUUAGGGUCAUUAAACUGUUCUAAGUGGGGUCUUGUUCUUGGUGUGGAUUUUUGGGGGUCAAAAAUUAUUGUUGGAGGUUUUUUUUUUGUAUUUUAACAGUGAUUGUAUGUAUGUGUCUAUCUGUGUAAUACCUAUAUACUUGGGUAUAUGUAAAUUUGAUUUAAAAGCCAAGAAAUGCAAUGUAGGUAGAUAAAAAUUGCGAAAAAAGAAAAGUUGAUGUUGAAAAUGGCUUAAAAUCUGGGUUUGUAGUUAUUACGACGAGUUACCACUAAAAUUGUGAUGUGAAAAAAUUUGUACUUGAUGUCGUGAGUCCACAGCUAGCAUGUGUUCGCGCGGCGGUUGCAGUGUCGCGGACAUGUUAGUAAUGUUCGCGCGCAAUGUGUUACUGUUUGCUACAGCGAGUACACCACGAGAUAUAUUUGUAUGGUGAUUGGUGGGACUUCGCAUUCAGAAAGGCAGGUUUUCAACCUAAAUACUUCUUUGUCCUAUCAUGUAGUUCCUAGUUUCAGCCUAUAUUGAAUUAUUUCGAACUAUACUCCAUUUCAGUACCUACUCACUUAUCUAAAGAGGAGCAAUCUUUAUUAGUUAACAUUUAAAAGCUCUGUAUAAAAAUAAAAUGCGGCUAAAAAUCAAUGUAAAUACAAUAAUAACAAUAUUUUAAGCAGUAGUUUAUUUUAUUUGUUUAAAAUCUAUGUUUUUGUAUAAAAAGUCCUAUCAAGAUUUUUUACUUUAAGUUAAGUGCCUUCUCAAUUGGAGUAUAGUUAGGAAGAAGGAAUUCAAUCUAUGGAGUUUCUAGUUCAUUCGUAAAUUGGUAUCAUUAUACAUAAUCAAUCUAGGUGUAUUUAAUGUGCAAAGAAAACUAACUACAACUACUUACCGCACCUGGGUAAAAAGUAGCUUAUGCCCUUUUUCAAGGUUUAGAAUAGUACCAUUUCAUUUAAAUUCAGUUUAGUAUUGACGUUAAAGCCAGACAGACAGAGUUACUUUCGCAUUUAUAAUAUUAGAAAGAAUUAUCAAAACAUGUGAAAUUUUUAAUUUAAUAUAACCACGAAUAUGCAUAAUUACAUAAUGACUAACUAACCCAUAUUUAUGAGGUAAACUGAGCAAAAAAAAAAUCUUUUAACUUCUCAACUAUAAAAAAUAACCUAAAAAACUUUUGGUAGUCACAAAAUGCUUGCAUAUUGAUGUAUGUGUCUGUGUGCGUUAUAUAUUAAAGAUUUUUACAUGUGUGUGAGUUGGAAAUUACACUAAAUUAUUAGUGUGAGAUUGUAAGCAAGAUUUCUUUUGUUUUAUUUUUAUUUUUGGCUAUGUUUCACCACUUGUCUGCAGAAAUUGUUAAUGUUUUUUUUUGUAUAGGGUGACUGGUAAUUAGUGAUCCUUAAAGACGUGAUUUGGACUUUGUUGUUCUGUUUACUUUGAUUAAACUAAUGAGAAUAACAUUAUAAAGUUUCUUUGGGAAAGUUGUUUAUAAUCAUGAGAAGAAUUAUGUGUUCAAGUUCUGUUACAGCCUUUUUAUCGUCCCACUGCUGAGCACAGGCCUCCUCUCACACGGAGAAGGAUUGAGCAUUAAUCACCACGCUUGCUCAAUGCGGGUUGGUGAUUUCAGACUAUAUAGUCCAAGUAUAGCUUACUAAUUACCAGUCACUUUAUAUUUAGAUGUUUUAUUACACGAAAGCGGUUGAAUCCUACUUAUGUGUGUGUUUACUUAUAUGACCCGUUUUCGAGAAAUAAAACAUCAUUUUAAGAAGUUAACUUUAAAGCAAGUACGUAACUGAUAUAUCGGGUGUGUCGUUCAUAAUCACAUUAAAUGAAAUGCGUUAAUAUACUGGUUAAUAUAUGUCGAUUAACACAAAGAUAAAAGAAAAAUACGUAA